AAUCAGUCCCAGCCGAGGCUUUGCCGCGUUCGUCGGUUUUUAUAACUGAGCUAGUUUUUUUUCCGUUUGUUGAGGUGAUUUUUACGCACGCAUUUUCAAUACAUCAAUUUGGAUGACUAUCUACGCGUAGACUGAUUUAACCUCGAGCAAUGGAACUGUUGGAAAUAGUUAAGUCAGCCAUGGACACUCACUCGGUCCUGCUUUUCUUGAGUGUCAUGGUUUACCUGCUCUACGUUUACCGGGACAAAUUCCACUACUGGAGCAAGCGAGGCGUCCCGUGCCAGAGCCCCGCACAGAGCAUCGUGCGCACCUUCCGGCUUGUCCUCCGAAUGGACUCCUUCACCGACAACUUCUACCGCGUGUACAAGGCCUUCGAUGGACACCCCUACGUGGGCUCUUUGGAACUUACCAAGCCUAUUUUGGUCGUCCGCGACCCCGAACUUGCCAGGAUCGUCCUAGUCAAGAGCUUCUCCAGCUUCUCUGGCAGGUUGAAGUCACCGGACACAACAUUGGAUCCCCUGUCAAACCACCUUUUCACCUUAAACGGAGAGAAAUGGCGGCAAGUACGUCACAAGACGGCGACAGCCUUCAGCACAGCCAAGCUGAAGAACAUGUUCCACAGCCUGAAGGACUGCGCCCGGGAGAUGGAUGCCUACAUGGAGAGAGCCAUCGGUGAUAAAGGAGAUGUUGAAUUCGAUGCGUUCAAGGUUAUGUCCAACUACACUCUUGAGGUCAUCGGGGCUUGCGCCAUGGGGAUUAAGUGCGACUCCAUCCACGAUGAGGAAACCGAGUUUAAGAGGCUCUCCAGGGAUUUCUUCAGAUUUGAUGCGAGGCGAAUGAUCUUCACUCUUUUGGAUUUACUGCACCCGAAACUUCCUGUUCUUCUUAAAUGGAAAGCUGUGCGACCCGAAGUUGAGAACUUUUUCAGGGAGGCCAUUAAAGAGGCAGCUUCACUUAAAGAAAGCGAAGCAGCUGCCCGCACGGAUUUUCUCCAAAUUCUCAUCGACUUCCAAAAAUCUGAAAAGGCAUCCAAGACUGACGCAGGAAAUGAUACCGAACUUGUUUUCACGGACAAUAUCAUCGGUGGAGUGAUUGGAUCAUUCUUCUCGGCGGGCUACGAACCUACCGCGGCGGCACUAACUUUCUGUCUAUACGAGCUGGCGCGGCAUCCUCAGGUUCAAGCCAAACUCCACGAGGAAAUUUUAGCUGUGAAAGAAAAAUUGGGUGAUGACAUUGAAUACGAAAAUUUGAAGGAAUUUAAAUAUGCCAACCAAGUUAUUGAUGAGACGCUGCGACUGUACCCGGCGUCGGGGAUUUUGGUGCGGACGUGCACGGAGCCUUUCAAGUUACCAGACUCGGAUGUCGUCAUCGAGAAAGGGACCAAGGUCUUCGUCUCCUCCUACGGCCUCCAAACGGACCCUCGAUAUUUUCCCGAGCCCGAAAAAUUCGACCCGGAGCGCUUUUCCGAAGAGAACAAGGAAAAAAUCCUCCCCGGGACCUAUUUGCCUUUCGGAGACGGGCCUAGACUUUGCAUAGCGAUGCGACUGGCAUUGAUGGAUGUGAAGAUGAUGAUGGUUAGGUUGGUUUCGAAAUACGAAAUUCAUACAACCCCCAAGACACCGAAAAAGAUCACAUUCGACACGAAUUCAUUCACGGUACAGCCUGCUGAAAAAGUAUGGCUCCGCUUCCGGAGAAGGGCGUCGACGCCAUGAGAAUAUCUCCUGUGAUUAUUUUACCUUUUUAGAUGAAAAUUAUUAACUUAGGUUAAAACAAUUAAUUUAGAUGCACUUAACGCCGUAUUUCGUCGUUCCUCUGACGUAAGAGCGUAUCUCAAUUUUCACGGGAGCCCUGUCUUACAUAUAAAUCCAUAUUUUCUGGGGCUCAUACCUACGUCAGAGGAGCGACGAUUUAUGGUCGUCCCUUGAAUACUUAGCUCCUUUCCAGUAGGGUUAUACAGUGGCCAUUUUGCAGGUUGGCAACGCUAAUCUUCCUCCAUUUACAUCCAUUAAAAAUAUCGAUUUUAGAUGAGGCAAUUAAGCUGCCUCGCCAGCGGGUCGAUUGUGGAAUCCGCGUUAUCGAAUGACCCUGAGCCAUGCUGUUUAUUGAUCAAAGUCAUUCGAUAUCGAUUCAACAAUCGAGCCGCAGGAAUCGAUUGUUUUACAUACAUUUAAAUGGAGGAAAAGCAGUGUUGCCAACUUUCAAGAGUCGCCACUGGCCUCAUAGCGACGGUGAAACUCCUAAACCACGUAUCUCGGUUUGCGCAGUUACAGACUUUCUGUCAUACCCAUAUACCUUAUCUUCUAAAUUAAAAACGACUCAAUAUCAAUUCUUCAACCCCUCCGUGAUUUUUCUGUGCUAUAUGAAGAAAAUUCUGGGAAAUCUUCAAGGAUUUAUGUUGAUUAGUUCUCAUUUAAAAAAAUGAUAUUGGAGCGGAGGUUUUAAACCACCCCAAGCGAGAUACGCGGUUUGGGAAUUUCACCGUAGAUAAAAUUUACAUCGUGGUUAAGAUACUUAUGUUUAAUUGGACCACAUUUUGUAAGUCGGGACUACAAUAUCUGGCUUAGUUUAAAAACGACGUAUGUGCUAUUAAGUAGUUUAAAUUCCCUGUGCAAACAAGUGUUUUUACAGAUGAGCCAGAUAUUGUAGUUCUAAAUUGCAAAAUGUAGUCCGAAAAAGGAAAUUUAUACGGAACUUGAGUACCUACUUAAAAGGCUAAAACGCUAGAAAACGCAUCUCCAUUAAUUGCAGUGUUUCAACAUUUUCGAAGAGAGAUAAGGCAACUUGAUACCUUGAAAUGAAUGGGUACAGAAUUCUGUUAGGAGAGAAAAUAACACCGAAAAAAAAGUGAAGUUGAUUCAACAUUCUGUAUGUAAAAAAAAGUGUACUAGAACUUAAAAAAUACUGAAUUACCCGCUAAAGCAGUUACUCUAGCAAUGCCAAGAUGCAAAUCUAACUACCUACUGUGGCAGGUAAUUCAGCAAUUUACAAGUUCUCGCACACUUUUUUUACAUCUAGAAUGUUAAAUCAACUACACUCUUUUUUUGGUAAAAAUAAUCAGAGAAGUUUUCGCGAAAUUACAUUGAUAUAAGUAGUUUACCAAAGAAAAAAUAAAGUAUGACAGCGAGUUUGCAACAUUGCAAACGGAGAUGCGUGGUUUAGCUCUUUCUCCAUCGAUAUGUAAAUAAUACAAGCUACCCAUUAGCAAAACUUGCAGCUCUCCAAGUGUGACAGAUUGGACCUGAUUUAUUGUUCUUGUAUUCACUGAAUUUUUAAUUUUUAUGGAUGGAGCUCCUUUUUAUUAAGCAAGAACGACCUGUGACAAGAAUAGAGCUAAGAGGGUAGUCUACCUUAAAACACUUUUUUCCCCUGUACACUUAACUUUUUUUCUUUUUUUCCUUUUUACUAUUCUACUUUUGUUAGAGUACUUCAGAGUAAGCUUCCUGUAAAUUCUCAACUCUUUUCACCCAUUUGGGCACUGGUGAGCAGGAAAUUUAGCCCAAAAAUGGAGGUUUUUAAGAGUAACUGUAUCUUCAGUCCUUUCAGACUUUCAGAGCAAUUUUUUUCAUUUUUUUAAAUAAUCAGAUAUAUUGACUCUACAACUUCCAUUAUUUUUAAGUAAUGAGGAUUAUUUCUGUUCAUUACUUUUUUUUUUCAUGCCUCAAUAUUUUCUCAGGUGCAUUUAGACUUUUGUCAUUUACAUAUAAUCACUGAAUACAUGUGCAAACACACCAAUACUACGUUGUAGAAAAUUAAAUUCUGAGUACUUUUUUUUUAAAAAAAAACAGCUUUCUAGCUGCAAUAGAACUGAAGUUACACUUGGUCCAAGAUCCCAAAACUCUUAAAAAGAAAAGUUUUCAAUAUCAACAGAUGAGGAAACAUGCUCAUUAAUUUUUAGGAAUAAGCAACAUUGAAAAAUUCUUAAAAAUACGUCUGGAGCACUUAAAAAAAAUUUAUCCAUCAUUCAUUUCAGCAGAAUCCAAAUAUAAAAAGAAAAUGCAAAAAAAAACCCCAAAAAAUGCGUUUUGAAGGUAGACUUUCCGCUUAAAAAAGGGUUAAGUAAGAGCAACAAUGAACUUUGUUUGGCCGACGAUGAGUAGCCGCGAAUUUUUUGACUGUUUAAGGAAUUAUUUCUUCGAGGGAGGAAAGAAGCCGAAUUUUGGACGAAAUUUAGAGAAAAGUGGUUUUGAGUUUAUCAAGCAAAUUGUCUUGUUAACUACAUAUUCCAAGUUGAGGAGAAAAUAGAGGUUUUUGAUUAUUUACAUUGAGUCUCAUAGAAAAAUAAAACUGCUCUUUUUCAAUUUCAACUUGAUGUUGUUUGGUCUACAUUUUAAGAUAUCAAUUUCCUCCUGAACGCUUCCAUUUAAAUUCUUGUUGAUGGCAGCACUGCAUUUUAUAAAGUUUUUUCUAUACUUUCCCUAGGUCAGAGCAAUCCAAAAAAAUUUCUGCGCUGAUUCUCUUGCCUCAUAGAUUAUGAGAAUUUAUUGUAAAAAAAUAGUAAGUGAGUGAUCCAUUAAGACGUUGUUUUUAUAAAAAGCUCAAAUUCUAAUUUUUUAACUUGACAAGCGUAGUUUUCCUAAAAAUUUGACUCAAGUUACAACAGUCCUUUGACAUGGUCUUGAAUAAAAAUUUUACACUAAAGAAAAGCAUGAAAGAUUUCAGGACGACAAAAGCAAUUAAUAUGCCGAAAUGUAUGUAAAAUCAAGGCCAGAAAUGCUCGUACAUCAAAAAGUAGAAAUACAAAUAGGAAUGGGAAGACCAUACGCUGCACCAACUGAAACGGCAAUAGGUCAAAAAGUACAAAACAAAGUUAUCACAAACUUAAAAAAUUUAAAAAAAUAGCACAUUUUACAAUUCUUCAUAAUUUACUGAAACAUUGAUAAGGCACAUAUUGAAUGGCACACACAGUUGAAUGGAAUUUACAAAAAAUAAAUCAGAAUUGCGACAUUUUGCAUUACUUAGUAAUUAUAAAAUCCUGGCUUAAACAAAAUUUGUGAUGCCACUCAAAAUGCAAAGGGCUUCAGAAUCUUUCAGAAUUUGACAAAAGAAAAAAAUUAAAACAUAACUUGAGAUACCUUUCGAUAAGCCUGAUCUAGUAAUAAAGUUACUUAUAAAGCCUACCACAUCUUGAUCAAAUAGUAGGUAGUAUCCAUAAAUUAUUCAAAGUUGGAAAAUUCUUAUCAUUGAAAAUCAGGGACAAGUGGGAUGUGUCAGCCAGUAAGAGAAAAUAUGUUCCUCUCAAGAAUAAAUGCAUCCAUUCCUUUUACCUGAAAAUAACUUUUCAACAUAGUCACCGUUGAAAAUUCUGCAUUUUUGCGGUUGAAACGGCAGUUCCUAAAUUUCUGUGCGUAAAAGAUCUUUUUGUUGCAUUUCGAACAUUUAGACUGACUCUUCGGAA